CACCACUCCAACCCAAAUGCCACACUGCUCAGCUCAGGCUUUCUCUGAAUACUUUUUAAACUCAACACACGGCCUUAAGCUGUGUCCACCUGAGCUUUUCAUUUGUUUUGAGAGAGAGAGAGAGAGAGAGAGAGAACAAACAGACUGAAGAAUGUUUCCUUCCAACCAUCCUUUGUGUUUCACAGAACUUAUUGACUGGUCUGAUUGACGGGAAGAGAUAAAGACAGGAGUUCAAAAUUCAGAUAAACACCACUGAACCAACAGAAGGGCAGGGUUUUUUUCCCCCUAGCAGUGCAAACAUACAAGGUAGAGCUGUUGAUUCCAGAACUUGUGGACAUCAAGAGGGACUUUUCAAGGAUGAGACUUUGCCUCUUUUUACUCGCCUUUUGUCAUGGGGUGCUUAGUGAUGUCAUCUGGCUGGAGAAAAUGUAUGGCAGGAUUGCAUCCCCAGACUUUCCAAAUAUAUACCCCAACAGCAAGGAGAGGACAUGGAACAUCACAGUGCCCCGUGGUUAUGGGAUCCGCCUUUACUUCACUCACUUCAACGUAGAACUGUCCUACCAGUGUGAAUACGACUAUGUGAAGUUGCGUUCAGGAGGGAAGGUCUUGGCCACUUUGUGUGGGUAUCAGAGCACAGACACCGAGGAAGCCCCAGGAGACAAAACUUAUCACUCGGCUGACAACAACGUAGCUGUGACCUUCAGGUCAGACUAUUCCAAUGAGAAAGAGUUCACUGGCUUUGAGGCCUUCUAUGCUGCUGAAGACAUUGAUGAGUGUGAACAGCUCCUAGACAGUGAGCCACUCUGUGACCAUCAUUGCCAUAAUUACCUGGGUGGCUUUUACUGCAGCUGUCGAAUUGGCUACCUGCUGCACAGAGACAAGAGGACCUGCACAGCCAGUUGUGUAAAUAAGGUGCUGACAGCAAGAUCCGGGGAGAUCUCCAGCUCAAAUUAUCCCAACUCAUAUCCCAAACUCUCCCAGUGCAAUUAUGGUAUCCAGGUGGAAGACGGAUUCAUGGUCAUCCUGGAAUUCAUGGAAACCUUUGAUGUAGAGACCCACCCAGAAGUGGUAUGCCCCUACGACAUCCUUAAGAUCAAAACACCCAAGCGAGAAUUCGGCCCAUUCUGCGGUGACACUCUCCCUCCAAAAAUUGAAACCCACAGCAACACUGUCAACAUCCAAUUUACCACAGACCUUUCUGGCGUUCACACUGGAUGGAAGCUCAGAUACACCACAACAGCCUUGCCGUGCCCCAACCCUAAAGCGCCACCGACUGGUCACAUCUCUCCAGUGCAAGCAAAAUAUAUCAUGAAAGAUUUCUACAAUCUCUCCUGCAACAUUGGCUAUGCACUCUUGGAAAAUGAACGGAUUGUGGAAUCCUUCACGGCAACGUGUCAGAAGGAUGGCUCCUGGAACAGGCCAAUGGCUCAGUGCACUAUUGUUGACUGCGGCCCAGCAGAGGACACCAUGAACGGCACACUUGUGUAUGUUACAGGACCCGGUAUUACUACAUACCAAGCCGAGAUCAAAUAUAAAUGUGAGAGCCCCUUCUACGCUCUGAAAGCAGGAAAUUUUGGUAGCUACCUGUGCGCCCCCGAUGGCUACUGGAGGGAUUCUAAGGGGAGGAAAGCGCCUCCUGUCUGUGAGCCAGUUUGCGGAGUCCAAACUUCAAACACUCUACAGCGUAUUUUUGGUGGAAAGAGGGCAGUGCCUGGCCAAUUCCCUUGGCAAGUUCUGAUAACUGAUGCAAUAGGAGCAACUGGAGGCGGGGCUCUUUUGUAUGACAACUGGAUCUUAACGGCUGCUCACGUCCUCUCAAAUCCAGCAGACGCUCCCCUCCUGACACUGAAACUGGGGCUUCUAAAAAAGAGAGCCACUCACUACCACCAGGCCUGGGCAGAAUCUGCUUUUGUACACACAGGCUUUACCAACGAUGGGGUCAACUUUGACAAUGAUAUUGCCUUGAUCAAACUGAAGCACAAAGUCCCCAUUAAUGCAAACAUUACUCCCAUUUGCUUGCCAGAAAAAAGCAGCAGGUUCCACGUCAACACAGGCAACAUUGGGGUGGUAGCUGGCUGGGGGAGAACAGAGAAAAGGAUGCAGUCCAAUGCCCUGCUGUACACUGAGCUAGAUGUAGUUGAUGCAGAAAAGUGUAAAGCUGCAUAUGCAAACCAGACUUCAGGGGGGAAGCAACUUGUGUUGACAGACAACAUGCUCUGUGCUGGAUAUGAGCAAGGAGGAAAAGAUUCUUGUAGCGGCGACAGUGGUGGAUCAUUAGUGUUUUUUGAUACUCAGACCAAGAGGUGGUUUGCUGGUGGCAUUGUGUCCUGGGGUCCUCCAGAGUGUGGUUCUGCAGAGCUGUAUGGUGUAUACACUAAAGUGAUCAACUACAUUUCCUGGAUUGAAGACAUCAUUUUGAACAAUUCUUGAUUGUGAUUUUUACUGUUUUACUUCAAUAAUAACGUAAAAAAAAUUAACAGCUUUGCAUAGAAUUAGACACAAGCAAGAGUACACUACUGAAUUAACUGGAACUGACUUCUAGGAAAAUAUGCACAGGACCUGGCUGUAAAAGCUUCCAGACUAUUCAACUUGCAGCCCAACCCUGCACGUUUACUCAAGAACAAAUGCUGAGGUAAUUUACCACUGUAAGCUACUGAAGCAGAGAUGACAGCAUCAUUCCACCUGCCUCUCCUAUGUGCCUGUUUUGCUUUCAGGGAAGUUGGGGAUGUUUUUCUGAACAGCUGGCUCUUUAAAGUUGUUUUUCUUCCCAAUUCCUGUGGGGAAAGUGCAACACUACAUACACAGAGUUGCAAAUUCAAGUCAGCAUGUUUUCUUCUUCCAAACUUAGAUGUUAAUAAAAGAACUACAAAUGUG